AUGGCAGAUCCUCCAGGGUCUCCAGGGCCUCAUGCCAACUGCUCUGCUUACCCCGAACUUCUCGACGAUGUUAAACUAGAGGAGGACAAUGAGGCUAACUACGAUAAUCCAUUUCAGGUGGCAGACGUUUUGCUUGGUGAGGCACCUCUGGUAAUUAACCCGACCGGUCAAACAGCUCCGGCAAAUGUUAAUUUGCCCCUCAAUUUAACCCCACAACUCCAAGCAAAUGCUCCAGCGGAUAACCCUACCAAUGGACUAAUAGGACGAGUGGAAAUUAAGCUGAAAGAACUUGUCCCAGCCCCAUCCACCACACGGCGUCGCUACUUGAAUCACGAUUGCAGUAUUGAAAACCUUGAAAAUGGAAGGAAAGAAGGACUUCACUUUCUGGAUCGGUUGAGAUCUCUAUUUCAGAAAUACUCUCACCAACCAUCGGAGAAUAGAUGGCUCAAACAGACCGAAGAACUUAGCAAGAAAGCCGUGCCACCUCGGGUCAUUAUCGGUGUUGUCGGAACCACAGGGGCAGGCAAAUCUUCUCUAAUCAACGCGCUUUUAGACGAGGAGCGUUUGGUCCCGACAAACAGUAUGCGUGCAUGUACCGCCGUGGUGACUGAGAUAUCUUUCAACCAUGCACCAAACCGUUACAGAGCAGAGAUUGAAUUUAUUUCUUUGGCAGAGUGGGAGGAGGAAUUAAAAUUAAUUUUUGGUGAUAUCGAACUUGGGAAUCAACAGAAGGGAGAUAAUUCCGACUCUGCGAUUGCUCGAGCAAAAACGACUGCGGUAUACCCGGACACCCCAGACAUUCUAAAAUCGUCGAUCAAAGAGCUUUUAGUACAUGAAAAUGUGUCAAAUGUUCUAGGGAAAACGAUUGAAUUCGCCGAAGAUGAUCCGAUUGUUUUCUACACCCAACUUCAGAAAUACGUUGACAGCAAAACCAAGACCCGAGGCAAAGGCAUGAAGGGGAAGAGCAAAACUGGUGGUCAAAAAGGUUGUAAUGGAGGUUUGCGGAACGCGAAGGAAAGCGUGGGAACCAGCAUGGAAUUUUGGCCUUUGAUACGCAUCGUUCGCUUGUACGUCAAGGCGCCUGUUCUUGCUACCGGAGCUGCUAUUGUCGACUUGCCUGGCAUGCAGGAUGCCAAUGCUGCGAGAGCUGCAGUUGCGUCUCGAUACAUUGAACAAUGCUCCUCUCUUUGGGUGGUGGCUCCCAUAACGCGGGCAGUGGAUGAUAAAACAGCGAAGACCCUUCUCUCAAAUAAUUUCCAAAGACGGAUCCAAAUGGACGGCACCCUUAGUGCAGUGACAUUCAUAUGUUCCAAAACUGAUGAUAUUAAUUUAUCAGAAAUGGUUCUUGAUUUUGAGGAUAUAGUCGAUGAGCCACUUUCGACUCUGGAGACUCCAGAAAUUUCCACUACACUUCUUCAGGAGAACCUCGAAGCCUUGAAAGAUGAGCGCAACGAAAUUGUUAUGUCAAUCGAUGAUAUUUGUGAAGAAAUGGCUGCUAUGGGAUGCAGUUUCAGUCCGUUGAAAGGCAAUGAUGGCUCUCCAAAAAGAAAUAGACCAACCGACUAUUACCCGGACUUCAAACGGCAUGGGGAAAACGCCACCAACGAAUGUGGCCUAAACGACAACAACAUGGAAAUAAAUGACGACCAGCCAGCAGAUUCUGUAGAAAAGAGAUGGUGUGAUGCUUCAAAUAAACGAAAACACCUGUCGCAUCGGAAAAAACAGAUUGACUCGGAGAUAAAACAGAUGAUCGAGCUAUUGAAUAAUGCUCGGGAAAACGAGCAAAGAAAACAAAAUAAACUAGGUCUAAGGUGUAUUAUAGAGAGAAACCAAACCGUGAAGGCCCAAAUUCGGCAGGACUUUACUGAUGGGGUUCGGCAAUUGGACGAGGCAAAUGCGGAGGAGGAGAGUUUUGACCCGAGUGUUGAUCUCAGGGAUUACGAUCAGGUUGCCAGAGCACUUCCGGUCUUUUGUGUGUCCUCCAAAGCAUAUCAAAAAUUGAAAGGGAGACUCCGUCGCGACCAUGCCGUCAAAGCAUUCUGUAAUACCGAGGAAACUGAGAUACCAGCUCUCCAAGCUCAUUGUCUGAGUUUGACCGUCGCUCAACGCAAAUCUGGCUGCCAAUCGUUCCUAAAUGGGCUACAACAGCUCGUGAACUCUUUGGAUCUGUUAUGUUCCAUUAGUGGUUCUUCAGAGUCCCUAUGCGAGGAGCGCAAAGAAAAUAACCGUAUUUUCCUGCAAAGUAGAUUGGAUGCUCUGCAACUGGACCUGGAGAAUCUAACUGGAGAACUUUUGGCUGAAAUCACCAGCGCCAUCAAGCGUAACAUUUUCGAUAAAUUUGGUUUCGCUUCAUCACAGGCUUGCAAUGAGGUUGAAAACACUCUUGAGGAAUGGCACCGUUCACGCAAAAUCUCUCCAGAAGGUCUCGCCUGGAACACUUAUAAAGCGAUUUGCAGACGCCAAGGGGUCUACAAGCAUCAUGACUGGAAUAGUAAGCUGAUCCAACCUAUGAUGCCAAUUCUUGCGGCUAGUUGGGAACGUUCCUUCUCGCUUCUAAUCCCGAAAAUGCUAUCCCGAUUUGCCGAAACUUCGUACGGCUAUGUAAAAGCAUUGAAUGAGAGUCUUGCGCCUCGUCUCUCUGCUAGGACAGCUAAUCCUAACAUACCACUGAAGCUGAAGUCUCAGCUUACAACCUACCAGGCUUCUUUCAAGGAGAUAUCCUGCGCGAGUGAUGCAAUGUUGAAUCAAAGCCAUAAGGCAGCAAAUCGUGCAUUCGUUCCGAUAAUUGCAGCCGAGUUGAAGGAAGCCUAUGAGGACUGUGGGUCUGCAAGUGAAUCUGUAGGACAGGGAGUUCACAUACGCAUGAAAAACAUCAUGACUGAGCAUGUGCAAAAGGGUCGCCACGAAAUGUUCCGCAAAAGCACAGAACACGUCCAGUCCGAGCUGGAAGGUACUCUCCAAUCCAUUAGAAACUUCCUUGCCCUGAAGAUCGAAAUGCUCUUCCAGACGAUUCGUCUGGAUUACGAAAAUUCAUUUGAGAAGUCGCAGACUUCUGAGGAGAAGGCGCUGAACAAAGAACUCAAGAAGCUUCUCCAAAGGAAUACGAUGUUUAACGGCACAGCAGCAUCCACUUCAACAUCCGGCGAUGUACAGGGCCAACCAUUUAAUUGGAUCAAGAAUGAAGUGAAUGCGGAUUUCGCAUGA